AGAAAAUUGGGUCACAAAAAAACGUCAUCGGAAAUUCCAACGGGGGUGCGGGGACUGUGCGCUCACGCGUCGAGAUCACAAGGCUGGGCCCCUCGGAAAGUGGCUCGACGCGUGAGCGACCCAGGCCUCCUUUCGAACGAGAUCCAUCACGAUAUCAAGGUCAUAUCCAUUUGCCAUUUGAGAUCUCGAGAGGCCGAGAGGCGAGAGGACGUGAGGACCUGCGUGGCAGACGUGCAGGAGACGACACUCGAAUCGAAAUCACGAGCUCACGAUCACGAAAUGUCCGAUAGCGAGGACGAGUUCGAAGCUAUAUUUGCAGAUGAUGGUGGUGCCUCCCACUUCAGCGGAAUCACCAUCGAACACAAGAAGGCGAAACGGUUGACAUAUGACGAUAUCGUGGUGCAAGCGAAAGGAGAUCCUGCCAACUGGUUUCGCAGCUUCUGGCAGACUGAGGUGAACAACACCAUCGUCUGGCCUGUUUCACCACAACGACAGGACCGAUUGGCUGCUCUCUGCAAGAAUCUCACUGAUUUCCAUGCCACCGCUUACCCUCAACUGGUCGACAAGGUUCUCAAUACCGACACAAAACCGUCGCUCGUCGAACGGCUCGUCCACUUCAUGGUAGCGACGGUCGUUAAAUCAGGCCGCAAGAAGAAGCCAGAGGAGCUCGAACGAUCCUCGGUUCAACAACAGGACGACGAUGAUGAUGUUGAUGAUGAAGAAGCCGCCGGGAACGAUUCCCAAGUAGAUCUGCCCACGACAUACGCCUAUGACCCUACUCUCCAGUAUAUGAAAUACUCUUCCCUUACGACCAUCCGAUGGGACCUCCUUUGCCUCGUCAAAUAUUCAGCAACUCCCCGUUUGACGUCUUCGGCCAAGCUUCAAACGGAUCUCUAUGACGCGGCUGUCAAGAUCAAGGUUCGCUGGCACCUGAGAAGGAAAACCGCCAAGUCACUACUUCUCGGCAGGCAUGAGAUCCGGUUAUUGAUCGAGGAUAUGGUAGCGCACGGUGAUCAUCCUGACCUUCUCUGUCAGGACCAGCUCCUUUACCUCAUCUACCACUAUACAAUGGCCCGGCCGGGUUCGCUCCUCACCACUCGGUCGUACCCAAGCAACUACAUACGCUGGCGUGAUAUCGAAGUCUACAGACGUCUUUCGAAGACAGAGGGAGGAGCAGAGGGAGAGGGACUUACUGCGUUCCUGGGUUGGGACGUCGUUGUAACCCUUUGUCACCUCAAAGGUCAUCAGUUUGUGGACGACUUGAAUUUGAGGAUGUCGUACCGACCUACCGGAGAAGUCCUCACCGAUCUCGGUGUUGCCGUCCUCUCGCACGCCUAUAGAAGCGGUCAAAUAGACGACCUGGAAAGUUUGCUCGCAUCGCCCGCGGAUCAAGCAAAUUCCCCCCUGAAACUCACUUGGAAGAAUCCAGACGAACCGGUCUUCCUUGCUCGGAAGAGUCGAGCAGGCUUGAACAUCGAGAGCAUUGCGUUGAGCGAUCACGCGGCACGUGUACGGUUGAUCCAACAAUGCGUUCGAGCUGGGUUGGUUGCCAAAGGAGAGAGAAUCACUUCUUAUGGGUUCCGCAAGUCCACUGCCACCGAGUUGUCGACUUGUAAAUAUAUAGGCAGUGAUCAGACCCGUCGGGCGAUGGGGCAUGGAACCCUCACAGACACUCUGGAACGUAUCUAUGAUCAAUCGCUUGAAACGCGAGAUUUCGCUGGGGCGAUAGUUGGCGAAGAAGCUCUGGAAAUGGGCAUCUACAGUGCUCCUUACAUCUCUGCCGGGUUCAAAGUCGCUUCUCUAUCCGACAUCAUCAAACUGGACCCACAGUGCAUCAACUUGGGGAAGUACAUAGCUGCUUGCAAACACGCGCUUGCUACUGGUGAUAUCAAACCGUUAAAGGCCCUGCCGAUGUACAAGGAUGGACGAUCCUUCGAUCCAGCUCACGAGUUAGCCUCGUUUGCGACUACUCUCAAAGCAAGGAUUUCGGAUCUCCAAAGGAAUCCACCUAUCGACACGGAAACGAUGAAAACCUGGGCAGAACAUCGGGACAUUUACGAGAAAUUCAGGAAGCCGUCUCCUGUUCCAGAGCGACUGGCAAAGAAGCUGAAACAGCAUGAAGACCAAAUGAUCAAAGAUCGCACACGUCAAGGGGUCAGGCACUUGCCCACCAUCAUCACCAUCGAGAUGGAAAUCCCAGGAGAGGAAGAGGAAGUGGAAGAGGGAGAGGUUGUGCAGGAGACCGAUGCCGAUGGUGACACCCAGGGACCUGUGAGCGCAGGCGAGAACCUUGUAGGAGAGGUCGGUGCAAAGAACACGUCUAAGAUCUCUACUUCCGGGAAAUCCUCGACCGGGGAUAUUCGUGUCGAUGGCAAGGCGGACACCGUGGCGAUUACUGCGCUCAAAGCCCUCUCGCGUAACACCGAAGCGAAGUUGGUCGAGGUGUUACCGGAGAAGCUGAUGAUGUUAAAAGGACUGGCUACCAUGCCCACAAAGAUCUUGGACGAGACAUGCCCCCGCUGCAUGGAGGAGGAAAACAUCAGUCAAGAAAUGAGGGAAAAGCUUUACAACAACAAGGCCCUCCGCAAGCACAUCGUCGAGACGGCCUUCCACACCCCUGGGUCCAGGUAUUGGCGAUGGUUGGAAGCGAACUACCCCGAGGCUAUAAGAGCAGACGGAGCGGGAAAGACGAAGGUCAGAUGUCCAUUCUGCGCAAAGGGAAGCAAGCUCCUCAAGCCCGGUGAAAUGGAGGAGCACGUCGCGACGCGUCAUUAUGAGACAAUUCCGCAUGAGCAUGAACUCUUCUUCAAGAUGAAGUACUUUGCCUAUCAGCCUACGAGGGCCGAGAGGCAAGUCCUGGGACGCGACGCUUACAAACCCAGGGGUGGGCAGGUGCAGCGCGACCUUCGCGAGGACACCUCUUUGGAGGUCGAUUACGGCACGUCGGUGUUGAAGCGAUUUGUCAAGGACGAGGCUGAAGACGGUAAUAGGGAAGCCAUGGAGUAUAAGCUGGAAGCGAGUGCCAAUCGCAGGGGAGCGGGAUGGGUCGGUCAAAUUGACUCGUGGUGGUAGCCGUAUCACAUUUUAUGUCUUUCUCCGGGCUCUUUUAUGUCUGCUUUAUAUCAUACCCAUAUACCCAUAUCUGCGUGCUCGCGGACUUGAUCAUGUCGCAGAUCGCAGAAC